UUCUAUUUGUGGAGAUUGUGUUGAGCGGAGACGCUCGGCACAAUCCGUGAUUGACGGAAAACACAUAAUUUUCCCGCCAGCCUCGUUUUGGUAUUUUAGUUUUGACACUAGUCAUAGUACACGAGAAUUUUUUAUAGUUGGAAUUUAAUGAGUUAUGUUACAGUCAAUAGUAGUCAAAGUUAAGUAUAGUGAUAUAUAGACGCUUUACAAAUAAUGGCAGAAGCUGGAGGAGAUCAAAGAAAUCUCAGAGACACUAAAAAGAUCGACUAUUUGCAACUACCUCUACAGGUCAAGUUCAAGUUGAAUCAGAAAGUCACCAACAACUUCACGAACAUGAACAGAAUGAGCUUAUGGAUAUAAAGGACAUAAAAACAAUGAUUAAUGAUCCCCCAAUAGACAGUGAUUCCGAUAUCUCUUCGCAUGAUUCUGCAGAAGACGAAGAGAAGGUGGCGCAGGAAUUAAGGAAUCUGAGGCGGAUAGAGCGCAAGUGUCGUAAAAACAAAGUGAAGGCAAUGAAGGCAGAGAUAUCACGAGUUCGAGAGUCUAUCGACACUUUGGAAACUGAAACGGAAAAUUUGAGCGACAGAAAUAAAACUCGUACAAGGACAAAAUUACGACAAAAACCCAGUGAACCCACUUCGUCGAAAGGAGAUAACAAUAACAAUACUAUGUACAAAUUCAAACAAACAGGUGAUUACAAAAGUCAAGGCGCUAUCCCCAAGAUCGACACAAAGACGGAAACAACGUCGAAUUUCAACGCCAAUGACCUCAGAUCCAACAAGGGGUUACAGAAACGAGCCGAAAGUAAGAUUCCCACAAUAUUUGACUCUAGCUCCGAUUAUUCUACAACAUCAUCUCAAUCCUCCACCUCUGAUACGGAACAAAGAGACUCACAUAAGCGUAGAGGUAAGAAACAUCUUAAAUCAGGAGCAACUAAAAAAUCAACUGACAUAGUGAAAAAACAAUUGAAAUGGCCACAUAGUGGUCUGAAAAUCAAAUUUGCUAGGAAAUAUAAAGCCACGUCUGAUCUUGAUUUUCCACUCUUUGUGGCUGGUGAAACAAACAUCAUAAUCUCCAAAAAUAUCAGUGCGUCUGAAAGGCAGGGGAGGUUGAACUUACUCUCCAAAGUGGCGUACGCAUAUAACAUGAAAUAUAAGUGGGCAGAAAUCAGGGAUUUUCAUGCUGAUGUGCUGCAUUCAAUUGAGCGGGGCCAUAUUGGUUGGGACGAUGAGGUCCAGAUAUUGGCACUAAGGGAUGAAAACUUGACUACUCCAAUUACAUCAAGUGUCAGUACUAGUGCUUCUUCAAACAAAUCAAGUAGCGAAUCGAAAAGUCUCGAGAAUACUUACUUCUGUCGAUUUUUCAGUAGGGGGGAGUGUAAAAUCAAGGAAAAGAAUCACAUGGGCUUUGUAAACAAUAAAUCUGUGAAUGUAAAGCACAUAUGUGCAAAAUGUUGGCUGCAUGAUAAAAAGGAGAAGGAGCACUCUGAGAUAGAUAAAGUAUGUCCGUAUCUUGUCGGUGAGUCAGCAUGACUAGAAGGAUAUGGUACAUGGGACGAUGUAAGGUGCAAUACAGAUAUUGCUUUAUUAUUAAACCCUGAUACAUGCAUAGACAGUGGUUUUGAAUCAGAUAUCAGUGUGAAAAGUCAUAAAAGUACUGAUAGUAACAAGUCAGAAAAUUUCGAAGAGAUCAUUUUCAAUCACAAUACAAUAGGAGACUCAAAAGUCAUUAAUGCUGAAGGGUGCAAAAUCCCUAUAAACAAACCAUAAAUUGUGAUCUCUUCGAGACGAUGCUUGUAAAUUAUGAUGACAAAGAUGUGAUUAAAUACACUAGGUACGGUUGGCCUUUAGGGUGUUCUCACAGUGUACAUAACAAGAUUCCUGUUACUGGGAGUAAUCAUAAAGGGGC